AUGAAAUUUGAGACGGCUUACCUCCCUUCCCUUCCCAACUCUCUCUCUCUCUCUCUCUCUCUCUCUCUCUUUUCGAAAACGACGCCUCCGCCUCCGCCUCUCUCCUCUAUCGUCUCCCUCGUCACCUCAUGCUCCUCCCGGGCCCAUCUAAAGCAAACCCUAACCCUAUUCCUCCUCCGCCAUUCCCCCUCCUCCUCCUACCUCCUCAACUCCCUCCUCCGCUCCCUCUCCUCCUCCUCCCUCUCCCACCUCCCGCUCCUCCUCUACUCCCUCCUCCUUCCCCCUUCCCCGCACGCCCCACGCUCCCCCUUCCCCGACAAGUUCACCUUCCCCAUCGCCCUCCGCUCCGCCGCCGCCCUCUCCCUCCUCCACCAUGGCCGCCUCCUCCACCAGCACGCCCUCUGCUUCGGCCUCGCCCCCGACCCCUUCGUCUCCGCCGCCCUCGUCCACAUGUACUCCAGCUGCGGCGACGUCGCCUCCGCCCGCAAGGUGUUCGACGCAAUGCCCCGCCGAGACCGCGUCUCCUGGACCUCCAUGGCAUCCGCCUACGCCCACAACGGGUGUGCCCUCGAGGCCCUGGAGUUCGUCGCCCUCAUGCGCCGCAGCGGCGUUGCGCCCGGCCGGGUCGGCUUGCUCAGCGCCCUGCUCGCCUGCGCCCGAUUGGGCGCCUCCCGCAGAGGGGAGUGCUUCCACGGCUUCGCGGUCGCGGCGGGCUUCGAGCCCGACGUCUUGGUUGCCACCGCGCUGGUCGACAUGUACGCAAAGUGCGGGGACUUGGUCACGGCGAGGUCGGUGUUCGACCGAAGUGGCGCGGCCGAUAGGGACGUUGUGUGCUGGAGCGCGAUGAUCGCGGGCUACGGAUACCACGGGUGCGCCAAAGAUGCGAUUUUGAUGUUUGAUCGGAUGGUCGAAGCCGGCGUGAGGCCAAACUACGCCACCUUUACGAGUCUCCUCUCUGCUUGUAGCCAUUCGAGGAUGGUAGAAGAUGGUAGGAGAUUGUUUGAUUCGAUGCAGAAAACGUACAGUGUCGAGCCGAAGCUGAACCACUAUGCGUGCAUGGUGGACAUCCUUGGCCGCGCUGGCGAGCUGUAUGAAGCCGAGAAGCUCAUCGAAGGUAUGCCUGUCAAGCCCGAUUCUAGUUUAUGGGGUUCUCUGCUUGGUGCUUGUCGAAUUCACGGUAACUUAGAUUUAGGAGAAAGAAUUGCCGAUAGAAUCUUCGAGCUAGACCCUAACCAUUCAGGUUAUUAUGUUCUCCUCUCAAACAUUUACGCUGCUAAAUCGCGGUGGAGUGAUGUAGAAAGAGUGAGAAAGUUGAUGGUUGGUAGGAGAGUGAACAAAGAACAGGGCUUCAGCUUAAUUGAGUUCAAUAGCCAAGUCUAUAAGUUUGGAGUUGGUGAUAGGUCCCAUCCGCAAUCGGAGGAGAUAUAUGCGUAUUUAGAGGAAUUGAUCGCUUCGAUGAAGCAACUGGGUUACGUUCCAUUGGUAGAUUUCAUGCUUCAUGACGUUGAAGAUGAGAGUAAGGAAGCCGCACUGCUUUACCACAGCGAGAAGCUCGCUGUUGCGUAUGGCCUGAUCAACUUGGCCCCUGGGUCUCCUAUUCGCAUAACGAAGAACCUUCGUAUUUGCGGAGAUUGCCAUACUGUAAUGAAAUUCAUCUCGAAGAUUGUGAAUAGAGUGAUUGUCGUGAGGGACGUAACUCGAUUUCAUCAUUUUAAGAAUGGGUCAUGCUCUUGUCGAGAUUAUUGGUGACAAGGAAACGUGGAUUUAUGGCUUCCCUUUUCGUUAAUUAUGCUAGUGAUCGCAAGGUUAUAUACACUUAAGCGCCAUUAAAUUUGUUAUUUAAGACAAGGUAUCCUAUGAAUCUCACCAGAAUGAUCCUGCUCUCAUUUGUUAAUUUUGAACUACUAUGCUAUUUGGGCAUACAACAUAAUGAAUUGGAAGAAUCAAAUGUAUGUGGUCUUGAGGCUGAGCAUCGAUAGAUAACCUCGAACUUAAGUGAAUUCUAUGUAUCUUCGUCAGCAAUGGCGAUGCACGAGGACUAGUCCCUAAUUAACUUUUGUCUAUUUUCUUACUUUCUCAAUUAGGACUAAGUCUUCAUGGACCUCUUUCAUAAACUUGUUAGUUUGCUUCGACAUUUACCUCUUUAUUUUUGUUUGUAAUUUCCUUAUGUGUGGUUGCUUCAUGUCUUAAGAAUAACUUGUUAGUUGGAGCAACUAUUUACUUUAAAUCCUUUCUAACAUGUUAACACUUACAAUUCUUAAGUAUAUGACUUCUAAGCUCUAAAUGGAAGACCUAGAACAAUCAUUAUGAUAUUAAAUGGUAAGCCAUUAUGUCCAAUACAACAUUUUGCGACUAUGAUUUAUGCAAUGAUAUAUCAAAACUUUACGGUGUUUUGCUUUGUAAAGGUUUUGGAUAGUGUAGAUCCUGAUGAAUUUUGUAGUUUAUCAAAGUUGGGAACCACCCCAUGUAUGUUCUGCAAUGCUAGCAAUCUUUUGUAAAAACUUGGUAUUAAGGUGAUGACAUGGAUUUUGUGACUCCUGUAAAGAAGAGUUUUUUAUGUUAUUUGUAUAUUUAUAUUCA